GUGUCGCUCAUCAAAGUCGCACCGAGGUCAAUCGAGCGACGGCCAAUUCGGAGUUAGGUACGACGAUCAAUCUUGUCAGUUGCGAUCGGUAUUUCGUGUAGAAUGUAUCGUGCUGCGAUACGCUUAUACUAAUCAGUGAAAUAUGUCAAAAGUUUUAAAUUAUAAAUAACACUUGUGAUUAUAAUAACGGGAAGCUAGCGCGUCUGAUGAUCAUCGAGUAUCUUCGUUUAUUCUAAGUUACAAGUAUGAGAAUGAAAACGGUCCCAAAACACAGGAUGCUUCAAAGCAGCGUUGCGUCAACGUCAAGAAGCUCCUCGGAAGAGAGUGUCAUAAAUGUUGGUAAAGAUUACCAUUCUAUUAUGAUUCUAGAUGGUCGAAAUAGUUAUGAUCCAUACCAGACAUUCGCGUCAUCUUCAAAGAUGGCCUUAUCUUCAUCCACCAGUACAUCGCCGUCGAUUAAUGACGACAACAAUAACGAGGUCAUAAAUUUGUCGACAAAGGAUACUUCCAACCGUGUAGACAAUAUUACGACAGGCAAGACCUCCGCCAAGCCAGAGGACAAUCUGAAGGACUCUUUCCUCUACAAGAUCAUGACCGAUCCAAACUUUCUCAAGACUAUACAAAGGAACAAGCAACCGAAGAAAUACACGUGCCUCUUUUGCAAGCAGGAAUUCGCGACGAGCGAGGAAUUGACAAGUCACAUGGAUGCGCAAAAGAACGAAAGCAAUCAGAUCGUCUGCUGCGCCUGCAAGAAGACAUUCGCCGAGAAGAGAUACCUAAGGUACCAUCAGAGAUGUCACUCCGACAGGACCAAGUUCACCUGUGACAUUUGUACCAAAAAGUACACGAGGCUGGACAAUCUGACGAGGCACAACGUGCUGCACGUGAACCCCUGCAAGUUCUCCUGCACGAUUUGCAACAAGACGUUCACGCGCAAGGAUCUGCUCAACAAGCACUACAAGAGCCACGAGAAGUGCAAUCUUUACUGUAUAAAAUGCGGCAAGUACUUCAGGAGUAUUCUCACCCUGGAGAAUCAUCAAAAAUUGCAUUGCGAGCCGCCGAACGCUUCGGCGAACAUAGUCGUUUACAAGGCCGAGAGCUCAGUUUCUACCGGGAGUCUAAUCUGUAAAGCUGAGAAUUCGAUUUCCGCGGAGAAUAAGGUUUACGAAACUCGUGACUCAACUCUAGCUGAGAAUUUAGUUUGCAAAACCGAUGAUGUAACUCGCAAAACUUAGAAUUUACUUUCCGAUAUCUGUUAAACAAGACGCAUAGGUGUAUACGUGAUUUAGUCUUUCUCUGAUUAAUCAGUUUCAUAUACUUUAUGAUGAUCAAAACUAGAAUCUUCAAAGCGAGUGUAAUCGCUUAUCGAGUAAAGUACGACGUAUUUGACUAAAAAGACAUUGACUUGUUAAACAUUUAUUUGCAACACGAGCUCCCAUUAUCAUAAAUUUAUUAUGUAGAAAUUCUUUGUUGUAUAAUUUAUAGGUAUUCGCAAUUUUUUCUUGAUUUAGUGUGAAAAGCUACGUCUAAAAUUAAGUGGAUAUACAUUUACGAAACUGUACGGUUAUUAUGUCUUAUAGGUAAUAUGCAUAUAUUAAUGUAUUGAUUUAAUUUGUUAUUUAUAUUAGUUAUGUGCUAUCAUUACCGUGAUAUAAUUUAGUUAUUUAACUGUUACACAAACGUUAAAUAAUUUUCCUCAUGUCAACUCAUUUUUCAUUGUUACAAUUAUAACAAGAAUAUUAGCUCUUUUCCAAGAAUAUAAAAAUGUAUUUGAAUUUUGUACCGAAAGAAAA